UACGGGCGGCCCGAGUUCCUGGGGCUGUCGCAGGACGAGGUGGAGUGCAGCGCCGACCACAUAGCGCGCCCCAUCCUCAUCCUCAAGGAGACCCGGCGGCUGCCCUGGGCCACCGGCUACGCAGAGGUUAUCAAUGCUGGGAAGAGCACACACAAUGAAGACCAAGCCAGCUGUGAGGUGCUCAUGGUGAAGAAGAAAGCAGGCACCAUUACCUCAACUCCAAACAAGAACUCAUCCAAGAGACGGUCCUCCCUUCCCAACGGGGAAGGGCUACAACUGAAGGAGAACGCGGAAUCCGAAGGCGUUCCCUGCCACUACUGGUCGCUGUUUGACGGCCACGCGGGAUCGGGGGCCGCCGUGGUCGCCUCCCGACUGCUGCAGCAGCACAUCACCGAGCAGCUGCAGGGCAUCGUGGAGAUCCUGAAGAACUCGGCCGUGCUGCCCCCGACCUGCCUCGGGGAGGAGCCCGACCACACGCCGGCCAGCAGCCGGACGCUGACCCGGGCCGCCUCUCUCCGCGGAGGAGUGGGCGCCCCGGGGUCCCCCAGCACCCCGCCCACCCGCUUCUUCACGGAGAAGAAGAUCCCGCACGAGUGCCUCGUCAUCGGGGCCCUGGAAAGCGCCUUCAAGGAGAUGGACCUACAGAUAGCACACGAGAGGAGCUCCUACAAUAUAUCCGGUGGCUGCACGGCCCUCGUUGUCAUCUGCCUCCUGGGGAAACUGUAUGUGGCCAAUGCUGGGGACAGUAGGGCCAUAAUCAUCAGAAGUGGAGAAAUCGUCCCCAUGUCUUCAGAAUUCACCCCGGAGACCGAGCGCCAGCGGCUUCAGUACCUGGCCUUCAUGCAGCCUCACUUGCUGGGAAAUGAGUUCACACAUUUGGAGUUCCCAAGGCGAGUGCAGAGAAAGGAACUUGGAAAGAAGAUGCUCUACAGGGACUUCAACAUGACGGGCUGGGCAUACAAAACCAUUGAGGAUGAUGACUUGAAGUUCCCCCUUAUAUAUGGAGAAGGCAAGAAGGCCCGCGUAAUGGCAACUAUUGGCGUGACCAGAGGACUUGGGGACCAUGACUUGAAGGUGCAUGAUUCCAACAUCUAUAUCAAACCAUUCCUGUCUUCAGCUCCAGAGGUACGAAUCUAUGAUCUCUCCGAAUAUGAGCAUGGAGCAGAUGAUGUGCUCAUCUUGGCCACUGAUGGACUCUGGGACGUUUUGUCAAAUGAAGAAGUGGCAGAGGCCAUCACUCAGUUUCUUCCUAACUGUGAUCCGGACGAUCCUCACAGGUACACACUGGCAGCUCAGGACCUGGUGAUGCGGGCCCGGGGCGUCCUGAAGGACAGAGGAUGGCGAAUAUCUAACGACCGACUGGGCUCUGGGGACGACAUUUCUGUAUAUGUCAUUCCUUUAAUACACGGAAACAAACUGUCAUGAGAACGGCCCAGGGGGUUGGGCGGACUGAGGGGAAGAAAG